ACUAACAUCUUUGAAUGGUGUUUACGUGAAGCGCUGUAGAAGGGUGCACGUGUUUGUAAAUAGCUGUUGUGGUUUAGUAAGAAAUGACGAAAAUACGUAAACAGAAGAGGAAGAAGCGCUAUCGUUAUAAUGUGAACCGUAAGAGACAGAGCAAACGACAAAAAAAGGGCGUUACUAUUCCGUGCAAGGAAAUUAAGAAUGCUUGGGAGUCAGGAAAAUCUGUGCAAGAAAAUAUGGCAGAUAUGGGCUUAGCUUAUGAUCCUAAUAAAGUCCUUCCAAUACCCACUGUCAGAGAGAGAAUUGUACCAAGGGAAGAAAUAGAAGAAAAGCCAGAACCCAUGGAGACAGAAGGCCCACGAAAACUGUAUGUUGCAGAAAACUUAGAAGCUGCAGCAAAAGCACCACGAGUCAAAAAAUUCGCUCUCCCCAAGAGUCAGUGUGAAUGGCUUACGUACAUGAUUAAAAAGUAUGGUGAAGAUUACAAAGCAAUGGUGAGAGAUGCAAAAAACACUAAUCAGUAUACUUGGAAACAGAUAAGGGCCAAAGUAAAAGUCUUCAAAGGUAUCCCAGAACAGUACAGCAGUUACAUCAGCUCUGAAGAUAAGCUUACAACUUAAGUUUUAAUAUAUCACUAAGAAGUUAAUUGGAUUGUGUAGAACCUUAUUUCAUAUUUGUUGUGUUGGCCAGAAAAUGUGCAGACAAUUCUGUUUCAAGAAGCAUUGUUGAAAACAUUGUUUUAUAACUCAGUUGUAUAUAUUGAAUUGAUAAUAUAUGUUUUGUAUUUUUACAUCAUCUCUUGUUAUUAUUAUAAGUUUGCAAGUGUAAAAUAGAAUACUGUACAUCAUAGAAACUGAAGAACAUUGUUUGGUUGAAUAUACAUGAGACGAUGAAAUUACUAUCACUACCUUAAACUUCUUAGCCUUUAGCGUGUUGUCUGGUGACAGUGUUUCGUAGCAUUACAAAACUAGAGAAUUCAGCCAGUCCCACAACACCUACAGUGAGAACAAAUGAUUAUCAGCAACGGUGCAAUGUGGCAGAGAAUAUAAUAAAAAGUCAGGGAUGCCAUGUGUAUCCAUCUCACCUUCUG